CUUAAAAAAAAACUAGCCCAAUAAUACCAUCUCUCAAAUAGUAUUUCCUCUCCAGCUCUCUUCUUCCCUUCACAAACUCAAUUUUGAAGCAAUGGCAGCCAUUAAUUCUAGUGUGUUGGCAUGUAAUUAUGCGAUCUCAGGUACAGCAUCAUCAGAUGCUAACUGGAAGCUUGUGUCGAUGCCAUCAGUUGCAUCAUCAUCUGUUCCUAAAUUGCCAGUGAUAAAGGCUCAACAGGCUAAGGUUUCUGACUCUAAGGAGGCAAUAAGAGCAAGUGAGGGAAGAAGAGCUGCACUUGUUUGCCUUGCAGCUGCCCUUUUCGCCGGUGCCACCUCCAGCGCCUCAGCCAAUGCCGGAAUCAUUGAAGAAUACCUUGAGAAGAGCAAAGCUAACAAGGAACUGAAUGAUAAGAAGAGGUUGGCCACAAGUGGAGCAAACUUCGCUCGUGCAUACACAGUUGAGUUUGGAUCAUGUAAAUUCCCUGAGAACUUCACUGGCUGUCAAGAUCUUGCCAAGCAAAAGAAAGUACCAUUCAUUUCAGAUGAUAUACAGUUAGAAUGUGAAGGGAAGGAUAAGUUCAAGUGUGGUUCCAAUGUUUUCUGGAAGUGGUGAACAAACAAUCUCUCUGUAAUCUCCACAACUUGUAUUUAAUCAUUUUCACUAAAUUUUCCAUUGAAACACCCUAGAAUCAAAUUGUUCUAUUGCCUUCAGUACUUUUCUCAUGUUCCAUUGCAAUCUUGUUAUUUUCUCUUUACAUCGCAAGAAUUUAAUGGAGAAUUACAGAUUCGGGACUCGCA